AUGCAGCCUCAUCCUCAGCCUCCAGUGGUCCCUCCGCCUGCCCCUCGGACGAACGCCUCUCCCCAGCCUGAAGUGGCAAGGCACAACGUCCUCGGGAGCGGAGGGCAGCAGAUCGGCCAGCUCACAGACUACCACGACCAUCGCCGCGAUACCGACGCCGCCAGCAUGAGGACGGCCCCGCCAACGUACCAGACGUUCAUCGAAACCCAGAUCGAGAGGCCGGUGGAUUCCUCAUCUCAGCAUCCGUCGGAGGCCGCCUCGGCGACGCCUAUCGCGAUCCCUUCCCCGAAUGAGGUGGCAAGGCGCGCCAUCCUUGGCGGACGAGGACCACUGGUCGUCCAGAACCACAGCGACCCCCCCAGCCGGACUAACUCCGACGCCAGCAGGAUUACGGCUCUGCCACCAUACGCUGAGGCCUCAAGGGCCAUGGGUCCUCGGAUGAAGAAAGCCAGCCGGACACAGGACACUGCGAGGCUUGAAAGUCGCAUUCAGGAACUCGAGCGCCAGAUUGCUCAGCUGGCGGCACAACAGACGAACACGAACACGAACACGAACACGAAGAGGAACACGAAUACGAACACGAACCUGCCCCCGCCCCAGCCCCCGUCUGAGCAGUAG